AACAGUUGGUUGAUUCAAAUUAAGAGGAAAGAAAAGAUUAAAUGGAAGGAAAAAUUGAAAUUUGGUUUUUAAUUUUGAUGAGUUUUGGACGAUUAUUUUAAAAUUGAACUGAAGAAAAUUGUGUGGAAUAUUCCUCUGAACGAGAAAAGGCACAACGGGAACGAGGGAAUUUUUCGAAAGAUAAUUGUUAAAGGAUUGAUGAAUGAGCAAAAACAUGGCAGUGCUUAAUGAGAUGUUUUAAUUUGUAAAAGUCCUUCCAAUCCUUGUUUAUACAUUUUUUAAACAUUCACGGAUAUGCAUAUAAACAUUUCUUAAAUAUUUUACUAAAAAUUUAUGACUUAAUUUUUUUCUAAAAAUGUUACCAUGACAACUAAAAAUAAAAAUCUUGAUUUCUUUAAAGAAGAAUGACUGACAUAAAAUAAAAAAUUAAAAAAUAUUUAAAAAAUGCUUUUUUUAUUGUUAGCCCUUCCUUUGGAUUUGUUAUUUAAUGCAGCCAAUUCUCUUCUUUAUUAUGAUAAUAAUGUACAACUUAUGCUUAUUUUACUUCAAGACACACUCCAAGUGCUAGCCAUUCUUGGAUUAGCCAUUCGCUUUUCCUCAACUUUUGUAUUCCAAGCAGGUCUUAUUGGACAUUUAUUGCGUAGAUUUAGUUGUUCUAUAAUUGUUGCAUUCCUUUAUUUGGCCUUAUCUAUAAUUUACCAUUUUUUCUCUUUAAAAGAAAAUUGGUUAUCUAAAGAAAAUACUAAAGAUAAAGAAUUCUUUGAUUGGAAAACACCAAAAACAUUUUUGUUUUUAUUGCAAAGGACGGUAGCAAUAUUCUACUACUUUUUCUAUAAAAAGACUGUACUGAUGCUUAGCGAUCCAAAAUAUCAUAGCGAAUCUGAAUGGUUGUUAAGUAAGAUUGGAAAACGUAUUGUGGUUAACUGA